AUGAACAUACCGAGUCCUGGGGAGGGCUAUGAAAGCGCGAUGAUACAGGAGCAGUCUACUGCCGUAUAUAACAGAGAUUUAUUUCCUUCGAACGAAGUCGAAAAUAUCUCAUACAACGGUAUGCCGCACAGCUCAGAUGUCUAUGAUCACCCAUUCUCGUCUGAUAGAUGUGAGCUGGGAAAUGAGAGAGAGGGACCAUCAUCAACAUGCGUACAAUAUACAAAUGAGGACGAUUUCACGAUCGAACCACAAGACACUCGAUCAUCACAGAGAACAUCUUCAAGUAUUCCAUGGAAUCCUCCUAGGAGCUCAAGUCCUUGUAAAGCCAGAAAUUCUCACAGUAAGUUUCUCAAUGAUCCUUGGUCCGAAGUUCUCCCUUUUCAGCAGACGCCUAUCACCAGCAGACAAACCACUGAACUUAAGGAAACCGCACCACAGCACGAUCAAAUCAUGAUGCAGGAUCAGACUUUCGGCAAAGUAAAAGAUUGUCCGACACAAGGUGAUCAAAAUAAAACAGACCCAAACCAACUCUGGAUGAAUGAAGAUGAGGAUACGUUAUUGGAAAAGACUACAUCCACAGGAUUUGAGCUCGAGGAGAGGGAACCCUCGCCAACAUUUUCAACCUUUGUGCACAAUUCAAUCGAGUCAGAAAGUCCAUUGCAACCUAGAUAUGUUGCGCAAACGAGCAGUCGUAUCAAUUGGCAAGAUCUACAGCAGAGAAACAGCAAAGUGUAUAGGAACGAAUUUGGCCAGUCCCCUAAUUACUCAACUUUAGCUUAUCAGUCCAGUGUCAACCACGAACCUAUAGGAGCGGCUGCCCGAAAUAAGAGUACUCCAUAUCCGUACGAAGAAAAACGUCAUAUAGCUAAAAGAGAUUUAUCUACAGACAAUCUCACUUCUGAAGUAAACUUAAAAAACUCCGGUAUCCCAAACACCAAACUAUACGCAUCGGCGGAAGAGAUAUCAAAAAAACAGAUAAGCAGUGGUAAUGGUACAAUGUUUCCCGAAGAGAUAGAGGAUGAUUAA